AUGAGGGAGGAGACGAAGAACCUGAAGAGCUCGGCACUCCGAUCCUCAUCUCGCCCCACACCACACCCUACACCCGCACACCCCAGCCCCCAACCAUCUCCAUCCCCAGCCCAAUCCCAGCCCAACCCCAGCCCAGCCCCAGCCCAGCCCCAGCCCAACCUCACCUACCUGGGGGCUGUUUCCUUUCCCUUGCCUGCCCCAGCUAUCCCAGCCACCCCAGGCUGCGCCCACCCUCCCGGAUGCCCGGGGGCCGUUGCCCACCUUCUUUCUACCCACUCAAUCCUCCAGCCCACGUGCCCCGGAGCCCCUAAACCCUGUUCGGCCCAAGGUCGCCCCCUGUCCCCUGCCCCUUCCUUGUCACCCCCGCAGCACCCCCUUCCUCUUCUGGGCUGGGCCCGCCCUUGCAGCCCCCUCCCCAUCUGUGCUCGCCCCCAGCCCUGCUUCCCCGCCCGGGGCUUCUACAGCCCCACCUCUGCCCCCCGCCCCCCACAGUCCCCUCCCUCACCCAGGGCUGGGGGUGAAGGCGUCUCGGUCGGUUCCCUUAACCCCGCUCGUCUCCGCUCCUCCUCUUCGCUCUGCCCGCGUCUCGGUGCGCUCAACCCGGGAUCAGCUGGCCCUGCCUGCCCUGCCCCUGUAGACGGAGGAGGCGCAGCCCGAGCCGCCGCGGCUGUUCCCAUGGCGACGGAGGCGGGGCCGCCGCCAAGAGCCCCAAGGAGCGGGGGAGGGGGCGCUCCCCAUCGCACGGCCCCUUAA